GCGGGCAGAUCCUUAUUUUGGUUAAUGUGUAGGGGGUUCAUAAGCACUGAGUAAAAUGUGGGUGUGGGAAGGUAAAGUGGGGGCUGCAGGAAGGAGGCGUAAGAGGGGGGUGAAAGUGUGUCCCUUCUGCAAUUGGCUGUGGCCCUAAGUGUCUCAUUAUGCAGGUUAUUGUUCCUUUGUUGUGUCGGCAGUAUAAAUACACCCCAGUGGGCCCACUGGGUGACUGUUCACACACAUUCACUCCUGUGGACAGACUGAUCAGCAGACUGAGCAGCACACACACACUGAGUAAAGUGAGACUACAGGAAACUGGAAACAUCUGUAGAAGAGAAACCUCACUGUUGUUAAAGGGUUGCAUUUUUGGAUCAUUUUUCAACUUCUCCUGAAUUUUCGCCUUCUUCGACGUAAAAUGGAUUCCGACGCUGGCUCCACCUGCAGCCGCUCCUCAUCCCCAGACCUGGUGGUGGACAACUCAGCGGGGAGCUUCUUCUCCAACAAGAUGUUCCAGAAAUACUGCCAUGAAAACAGAGCAGACAGCGACGACGGCCAAGGCAGCCGUUGCAGCAGGGGCGGUAAAACCAAAAUCCGGUCCGAGGUCAACAAAGAUGAGGUGCAGGACCUGAGGCUGAAAGUCAACAGUCGGGAGAGGAAAAGGAUGCAUGACCUGAACCAGGCGAUGGACGGCCUGAGGGAGGUCAUGCCAUAUGCUCAUGGACCUUCAGUCCGCAAGUUGUCAAAAAUCUCCACCUUGCUGUUAGCUCGCAACUACAUCCUUAUGCUGUCCAGCUCGUUGGAGGAGAUGAAGAAACUGGUUGGGGAUGUUUAUGGAGGCAGCGCUGCUGUCCAGAGCCGUACAGCUCCCCAUCCUACUAUUGCCACUGCAGCUACACCUGCCCACCUCCCUCUGCAUCCUCUGGCCCAGUCCCUGCACUCUCUGGUGGGCAGCACACCUUCAGCUCUCCAGCAUCACUCAUCUUCAGCACCAGUCCCACACUCCCCUCCAUCAGCCAGCUUCCUGGGUUUCCACGCUCCAGUGCAGGGCCUUCUGAAGGACCCACUCCACCUCACCAGCUCCUACAGGCACUUCCCCGGCAUGCCCUGCCCGUGCACACUCUGUCAGCCUCUUCCCACCACGACCUCCACAUUGCACAGCUUGUCUAUGAACAAGUGAGCAGGACAUUCUUGAGACUGAGAAGUACUGUGUGGAUCUGUGCAAACAGCUCACAGAAGACUUAUGAAAGAACUGAUGAAGUGAGGGCUUUGGCCAGACCUUGUACAUGCUGUAUAUAUGCUGUAUGAUACCAACUGCUGCUAUUUUUUAAUUAUGUCAUUUGCAUUGCUUAUACAUAAAUAUUCUAAAUGCACAGGGGAUUUUAUCAGAGUAGCAAACUGUGUAAUUUAUCUGAUAUCAGGGGUAAUGAAACAUUGUCAAAAAUGGAACUGGUGGGUCCUGUUUGCUGGAUUUCUAUUUUCCUAAAUUAAAAUUCAGUUUUAAUAAUA